GUCAAAGAAGAAGAACUGCUGUGAGCUUAAGAACCAACAGAACAGCAGGCCGACGGCAGAAUCACAGUCAAGAUGGUUACGCUGGAUUUUAAGACGCUUACGGUACCUGUGGGUAUUUUGAGGAUAUUGGCAGUCGUUUUCACGUGCGUCACUUUCAGCUUGGUUGCAUCUUAUGGCCAUGAAUCGUCGUCAUUUUGGUCAUGGUGCAUGUUCUCUUGGUGCUUCUGCUUCUCUGUCACCCUCAUCAUUCUGGUCCUGGAAUUCACCAGCCUCAGCUCGAAGCUGCCCAUCUCCUGGGAUGAUUUUACCACCGCCUUUGCCAUGUUGGCAACCUUAAUGGUGCUCACAGCAUCCCUCCUCUACUCCAUCUUCUACACUUGUAGUGGUUGUGGCAAAGACAUUGCGGUCUGUGUUUUCUCCUUCCUGACCUUCAUCCUCUACACUGUCGAGGUUGGACUGACUCGGGCCAAGCCUGGUGAAAUCAGUGGGUUUCUCUCCACUGUGCCUGGCUUGCUCAAAGUUCUGGAGGCCUUCGUGGCCUGCAUCAUCUUCAUCUGUAUGGGCAUGGUAGGCCUGUACGAGAAAUCGCCAGGUCUUCAGUGGUGUAUUGCUGUCUACUCCAUUUGUUUCAUUUUUUCCCUCCUUAUCAUUAUUUUAACUAUCGGCCGCCUGCUGUCCCUCUUCCCUGCACCUUUUAGCAAAGUUCUGAUGGUUUGUAAUGUGCUGUCCGUGCUAAUGUACAUCACAGCUGCUGUCAUCUGGCCUUUCUACACCUUUAGGAAUUAUCCCAGACCAAGCUCCUGCUCUUUUUACUGCGCGUGGAAUUAUUAUUUUGUUAUCACUUUCAUGACCUAUUUUAACCUGAUUGCUUAUAUUGUUGACACAGUAUAUUCUUUCAGGUUGGUUUUUUUCACCACUCCGACAUAAGCACAUUGUGGCAUUGAUCUGAAUGAGGAGAUUUUGUGUUUGUUGGAAUUUUGCUUUUGUAAAAUUUUGUCUUUUUAUUCAGCAUAAUUACAGUGUGAUAUAUUUCCAUUUUACAUGCCUGCCUGCUGAUUUCCAUUGUAUUUAGAAAUAUAGUUAUAUUAUGAAUUAUGUAUCUACUUAACUACACUUUUGGAUUUAUCUGCAACAUUCAGCUAAAACCAUGUUGUGCAGGCUUCCUGGGCUGCAGCUGCUGCAUGUUGGUUUAGACAUAUUUAAAUCCUCUAGGAAUAAGUAAAGCUUUAACCAAUCCUGUUCCCAUAGUAGGAUAUCAGCCCAUAGUUUAUUAUGUUUGCAAAGGUGUGUCAAAGUGCAAACAAACUAAAACACAUAGCAACUUUUGUUUGUGAAUUUACGUGUCCAACGUAACUUUUUCUGAGUGGUAAAAUAAAAGACUGAUAGGGGAAGCACUAAAAACACUGAAGAUAAACUGAUAAUUGUUUUCAGAUAAUCAAAGCGGAUCUAUUACGCAAAAUUCACUCCUUGCACAUUUUUGUACUUCCGUUUGGGUCUCUACGGCUUCUAGAAACAUCCACCUGACUUCUUUAAAACAGGUCUGAAAGCAUAUUAAUGUACUCCAGAAUUCAAUCAAAGAAUCACAUGAACUGUUUGCUUGAUCACAUUCUAAGCAUGCUUUGAAGCAUUGUUCUUUAAUAGCAUAAUAUUUGUUGAGCAGUUUUAAAAAAUGUAUUGUAAAAUUUGCUAUACAAGUGCAUAAUGUAUAGAGGUCUCUUUAAGUAAAGCUUAAAGAUUUUGCUUCAAAUUUGAAUUCCUGUAAGCAUUUUGAACUGCCUUGUGUGUUAAUGCUGCUGAGGAAAUAAACUUGCCUUGCCUGUUAAAGAUAGAUAUAAAAGGUGCUUCUUCUCUGUGUUUG